CGACAGGUCGCUUUCGCGAGCGCCAAUAUAAGAUUGUUGGUUCUCUAUUAUCAUAUUUCCCCAUUGUGUACAAGUCUCGUCUCAUCACGCCACACCACAUGACAUGACAUGUCCUUCCACUUCGCUAAUUUACCCCCUCGACCCUACCAAAUCUCAGACCCAAACCCAAAGUCAAAUCCAAUGACGCUUCAUUUUCUGUUGUCUUUUGUCUUGUUUUUUCCCGGCCUUUCAUAUCCUUUUUCUUCUUCUUUGUCCCUUUUCUCGCCCAUCAUGUCACACUGUCCACUGUCAACUGUUCACUGUCCCCAUCACUCACAUCACAUUACAUCACUCAAUGAAUCGGACCGAAGGAACCAAUGACAGGAGAAAUGAAACGAAGAACUUAAUCAAAACAUUACUUUUGAGAAGUGACAUGUCAUUGGGAAAAUGGUGCAUAAGAGUGUGACCAGAAAAGU